CCCACUACACAAGUCCAACUCACUCAGCCGCCGCUCCGACCAGAGCCCAGCCGCCGGCCACCGCCGCCUCCUCCCUCCUCCCCUUCCCCCCUCGCAACAGAAUGGCGGCUCCCGGCCUCCCCCUCCACCUCCUCCUCGCCCACCACCCCCAGGCCCCGCCCCUCCGGCCCUCCCCGUCGCGGCCCCCGCCAUCCGUCCUCCACCUCCCCCGCCGGGGCCGGGCCGCUCUUCCGCGCCCGGUCGCGGCGCUCGGGUGGGGAGGCGGAGGGAUCGAGGACGUCGGGCAGCUGCUCGGCCGCGUCGAGGCGUUCCUCUACACCGUCGCCGACGCCGCGGUGGCGGCCGCCCCGGCGGCCGAGGGCGGGGCCAAGGAUGCCGCCGCGGCCUCCGGGGACUGGUUCGCCGGGAUCACCAGCUCCAUGGAGACCGUGCUCAAGGUUCUGAAAGACGGUCUAUCGACUCUCCAUGUUCCUUAUCCAUAUGGUUUUGCGAUCAUCCUCUUAACAGUUCUGAUUAAGGGGGCCACUUUUCCUCUUACAAAGAAGCAAGUCGAAUCUGCACUUGCAAUGAGGUCACUUCAACCUCAAGUGAAGGCUAUUCAAGAACGACAUGCUGGGGAUCAGGAAAGGAUACAACUCGAAACUGCCCAUUUAUAUAAGUUGUCUGGCGUUGAUCCACUUGCAGGGUGCUUGCCUACUCUUGUAACAAUACCAGUCUGGAUUGGUCUAUACAAAGCUCUCUCCAAUGUAGCUAAUGAGGGACUUCUUACGGAAGGCUUUUUUUGGAUACCUUCUUUGGCUGGUCCAACAACAAUUGCUGCUCGAGAAAGUGGUCAAGGAAUAUCCUGGAUUUUUCCGUUUACGGACGGACAUCCACCACUUGGUUGGCCAGACACUCUGGCAUACCUUGUUCUACCAGUUCUUCUGGUUAUUUCGCAAUACGUAUCUGCCCAGAUAAUGCAAUCAUCACAGAGCAAUGAUCCUAGCCAGCAAGGUGCACAAGCUGCAGUGAAGUUCCUGCCGUUACUAAUUGGUUAUUUUGCUCUUUCCGUUCCUUCUGGAUUGAGUCUAUAUUGGCUUACAAAUAAUGUCCUUAGCAGUGCACAACAAGUGUGGCUUCAAAAGCUUGGAGGUGCCAAAAAUCCUGUCCAAGAAUAUAUUGACAAGCUUGGUAGAGAGGAAUCAACUAAUGUUGGAAAGCAUGAACCUGCUGAUAAGAGGGAGGCUCUCCCAAAAGCUGGUAAACCCCAGCCUGGUCAAGUGCCAAAACCAAGUGAACCGCAGCGUGGUGGAAGGUUUAAGAAAUUAAUGGAACAAGAGUCGAGGAGAAAACAACUUCUGGAACAAACGAAACAAACAGAAGAGUCAAGCAUUGCCAUUGAUGAGGAACAUAAUUUUGACGGCUUUGCUCCAGACAGCAAAGAUGAACAGGGGGAAUCCCAUGAAAAUGAGCCGAUUUCAGCUAGUAGCAACGGCGGACUUAGCCAUGAUACACACGAAGCAACCCCAAACAGAAGCACAGAAGAGGGAACAAUUCAGGAAGCGACAUACACCGACAGCCAUUCUUCAGUAAGCAAUGCUGCCUCCCCCACGGACGAUAGAUUGAGAGGCCAAGAUGAGGAUGGUAAAGAUGCAGAGUAGAGAACAAGGACGGCGUUUGUCGUCGUCAUCGAUUGGUUCCAGCGUAUCUGCUGUGCUACUACUUGGACGUGCUCGUGCGAAACCGCCAUGAGGGCGGGCUAUUUCUUAGAGGAGGAUAGCGUACCACGGUACCAGCAGGCAGCAAGAUUUUUCAAAGAUACAAACUGUAUCAUAUAGCUUCUGCUCUUCUCUUGUGAGAACCGGAGAUGUCUCUAGAGAUGCUCUUAGCUUGUGUAGCUUGUAGGUCUCGAACCGGAAAUGUGUCCCGCUGUCUACGGGUUGCUGUAAUCUAUAAAUGGACGUCUUCCUUGCCUGAA